GUUUGCGGGAGUCAAGAGAGAGGAGAGGCAAGAAGAUAAAACUGUCUUCUUGGAGGAAGGAGUCCCGCUAAAAAAGAAAUAUAGUUAAUCCAGUUUUUCAGUUACAUCAUAUCUCCACUUGUUUUAGGCUAAACUAUAUUAAUUUCUAAUACUUUCUUUUUAUCAUUAGUUUCCAAACUUAACCAUGGCAAAAGUACCAUAUCGGUUCUUGAAACGUCUAAAACUGAAAAACCAGACUGCAAGGGAGUUUCUCGGAGAAUUUCUGGGGACCAUGAUCCUGAUUUUGUUUGGUGAUGCUGCUUUCGCACAGACUGUCCUUGAAAAAAGAGGUGUCAGUGAUGUGUUUGCUGUUGUUUUCGGAUGGGGUGUUGGAGUGAUGAUGGGUCUGGCUACUGCUAUGGGAGUUUCAGGUGGCCACAUCAACCCUGCGGUUACCGUAGCAUUUGCAACUCUAGGAAAGUUUCCGUGGAGGAAAGUGCCAGUGUACUUGGUCGCUCAACAUCUGGGAGCUUUUGUGGCUUCAGCAAUCAUAUACUUCAAUUACAUAGACGCUCUUAACUGGUAUGAUGGUGGAAACAGGGCAAUCCUGGGUGAAACUGGUUCGGCCUACAUCUGGGCUACCUAUCCUAAGGAGUAUGUGUCCACUGCUAAUUGCUUCUUGGACCAGAUUGUAGGGACCGGUAUCCUAAUGUUUACUGUGUUGGCAGUCGUCGACGAGCGUAACGUCAAGUUUCCGCUCUGGGGCGCUGCCAUCGCUCUUGGUUUCAUGAUAUGUGCAUUGGCUAUGUGCUAUGGUGCCAACUGCAUGGCUGCCCUAAAUCCUGCUAGAGAUUUCGCUACCAGAGCUUUCACCGCUGUUGCUGGUUGGGGUGCAGAACCAUUCAGUCAUCGGAAUUACAAUUACUUCUGGGUGGGAGUCAUUGGACCCCAUCUUGGUGCCAUCAUCGGCGGCUGGAUGUACUACCUUGGUGUAGAACUUCAUUGGCCAGAUGAGGAGGACAAUGAACCUGAAGAAAAAGAACUUAAAGAGCUCAUAGACCAGCCAGAUCACCCAAACAACAAAACAGAACGAACUGUAGUAUGAAUGCUUGAAUGGUUUAUCUACAAAGAUGAAUACACGAUAGUUCUGAAUCCAUUGUUCAUCUAAAAGUAGUUUUCUCAAUGUCAGUCUUUGAUCUAUUGUUAGAAAUUAGUGUGAUUGUCGAAUAUAAGAAUUUUUAAUUGGAUUAAAUGAUGAUAUGUGGUAUAUUGUAAAAUACAAACAGGGUUUUUCCAGUUUAGAAUAAUUCUGCUGAUUUUUGUUAGUUUGUCGUAAAGGUUUUUUUUUUGUAGAAGCAGAUUGCUUUUUAGGUUGUCAUCUCUUUAUAUUUAGUAUCACGAAUCAACCACCGAAGACAAAAACAAUUCAAGUCAAUCAAGGUAUAAACUACAAGAUGAUAUUUUUGUACAAAUGACAAAGGUUUUAAUACAUAAGCAUUUAUUUUUUUAAUUUUCAAUGAUGAUAUUUUUCUUGAUACCAAGUACCAAAUCUCUUGAUUCAUGUAAAAGACAAUUAAAAAAAAAUCAUAUACAACAACAAAGUAAAUAGUUAUUCAUGUUUUGACUCUGUGGAGAUAUUGCAAAUGCAUAAUGUUUAAAAGAUGUCAUGAAAACUUGUCCGAAUUUUUACUUCACCAUUUUUAUUUUCUUGUAAUAAACUCCCUUAUGACAGCUGAUAUAAUUUUGUAUUAAGUAAAAUAAGUAUCAAAUGAUAACAAAAACUGUAUUUCCAUGAAUUUUGUCGUUUUGUGUGGUUAGGUGUAGGUUUUAACUUUUUCCAUGUUUUUAAAGUGCUGCCGAUCGUUUUUUCAAUGAAUUGUCAUGAAGAAUUAUUUUAAUCAAAAAAACAUUUAUUAAGUGUCAAAAUUAUGUGCGUGUAGACAUUUCAUAAUUUGUUGUUCAUAGCAAUCAUAGGUAAUAUAUGAUUUUGACUAUCUCAUUGGUUAAUGUUUCUCAAUUACAAAUGUGUCCAAGAUUACCUCAAAUGGCAUUUUACUAAUAAUUUUUAAAGUACACUUUAGGUGCACUUUUCUCACUUUCUGUUGGUCAUUUGUGUUAAUUUGAAAUCCCGUGAGUAUUCCUCUCACAGAAAAAUUAUCCAGGUGUAAUUGUGAGUGUUUAUCUAUGUAAGAUACCUAUAGCAUUUAACAUAAAUGUUUUUGAGUCUCUUACAUUUAUAAUCUGGUUUUCAUCAAGUUCCAUAAUAUAUUAUUCUGCGUAUACAGUUUCAUGUGCAUACACAGCUGAGGAACAGAGCAGUCCAUGUUUGUAACACAGGAAUAUAAAUAAAUAUCAAGCAUUCGAAAUUGUUAAGUUUGUUUAUUUUUGAAUUUUGAAAAAAACAACAACAUUGGUGCCAAUUUCAGUUGAACAACUGACAAGACCGUGGCACUACUCAGUAAAUAAUAAACUGUAAAAGUGUAUAACUGUUUGCAAUUUACCUUAGAAUAUGAAACAAUGAUAUAAGUGAAAUAGUUAUAUACAUAUAAAGUUCUGCAUACAUAAUAUAUAUAUAUAUAUAUAUAUGUGUGUGUGUGUGUGUGUGUAUCUGUCUGUGUGUAAUAAAAUCACACAGUCUCUUAACUAUUAUUAUUUUUUAUUCCAAAGGUGACACUUUUGAAA